AAUGUCUGAUGCAAUGCUUUGACUUCUACAUCAUGAAAUUGACUCAUAUGCUUUACCCUCAUACUUUUCUAGACAAAGCACAAGAUAUUAUUCAAUUAAAUCAAGUAACAGAAGCUGAACCUGGAGAUACAGUGACUUUAGAUUGCUUUUUCCAUGCGGCUUUCGAAAAUGAAGCACUGUCCUGGUACAAACUAUCGCUGGGACGAAAGCCUUUUUGGGUGGCUAGGUCUUAUAGAGGAAUUUCAUCCUGGAAUCCUUUGUUUUCUGAAGACUCUCAAAAUGGACGAAUGAACAUACAGAGGUCUAAAGGAACAUUUAAUCUGACCAUCGCAAAGAUCACAUCAUCUGAUGAAGCAGCAUAUUAUUGCAUUGGGACAGCGUAUCAAGUGGUUACAUUUGGAAAUGGAACGUUUUUGGCUCUCAAAGGACACAGACAGUUUAACCACAGCUUUAAUGAGGAUAGAGCAUUCUUCUGCGCAGUGGCCAACUGUGGACAAAUGAACACUGAAAAGAAGAAAGUUUUGAACACAGAAAAAGCUGUGGAUCCUGUUGUUUAUGGGUUGGCUGCUGUGUCGGGACUGUGUUUUGUGCUCAUAUGUUACUUAAUUUACCAAGACAGGAGACACAAACAUGACAAAGGUAUGUUAUCUGUGAUAAUAGCUAUUAGAAUGCAUUACAUGAGCAUGUUUCAGAGAGCAUACAAUGAAGUUCAAACUGAGACCAGAACAGAAGACCUCAGAGUGUUCUGGUUCAGACCAGCUUCAGGAGAUUCCCAUCCAGGAGUCAUUUACACCAACAACAGCAGGGGUGGUCAGUGUGAGGGUCGCUGUGUCUACAGUCUCUCUAAGAAGGACAUCAACAUCUCUGAUGCUGGAACUUACUACUGUGGCAUAGCCACAAGCAGACAAAUACUGUUUAGUGUUGUUUUCUGCUGUUUUUCAGAAAAAGCUGUGGAUCCUGUAGUUUUUGGGUUGGCUGCUGUGUCGGGACUGUGUUUUAUGCUCAUAUGUUACUUAAUUUACCAAGACAGGAAACACAAACAUGACAAAGAAGUGAAGUCUCAACAAGUUCACACAGACAGGUCCGUCAGAGAUCCAUCAAGUGGGCAGGACGCUGAAGAACCGAUAAAUUAUGCUGCUUUGCACUUCUCUGAUAAGAAACUGAAAAGAGGAAAGAAGAAGAGAGACCUGCCACGUGAGAGCAUAUACUCCGACGUCAGAGGUUAAUAAAUGUAUCAGGGCACUUUCAGAUGAAAAGCGGACACCCUCUUUGUCCCGCACCCUCCCACCCCGCCUCUCAUCUGAAAGACAACAAGCUUUCAUAGUCGCUUAAGCAAGAUAUCACCACGGUGAGGUAACCAUAGGAACAGCUCAGUAAUCAGAGACCGUUUGGAUUGCCAACAUGCCUGUAAUUAAAUCCCCUCAUGAAUUGUAUUGUUCAUAAUUAAUACAUUAGAAUAUAUGGCGAAGGAAAUCUCACAAUUUCUGCGUUUUCUUAUCCUACAUUGCUUUUGAACGAGAUUGGUUCAGAGGCUUCUUAGCCCAAUAUCAAAUCCUGCACGCAAAUCAUUACGUUCAAUACUGUAAAAUUCUACCGUAAAAAACGAAAGUUUCCUCCAUUCUGUUGCUUGAACUAAACCGUGAUCUCAUUGAAACAUGUCAUACAAUUCCUGCAACACCAAAGAAGAGUUGAAUGUUUUUUUUGUCUUGGAGGCGGGCGUGUUCCCGAUUCGUGCACGGUAUCCGGACAGAAAGUAGAAAUCAUUUUGGAGUU